GUCUGGGAUGAGAUGCGGCGGAGCGCAGGGCCCGUUAACCCGAGCUAACCAGUUUGCAGGAUGGAUGCGUGCAGCAGGAACCCGAACCGCACGGCGCCGGUUGGCGAGGACGGGCUGCCGGGCGCCGACGUGCCGCUCUGCUCUCGCACUAACGGCUGGAGUCUGCCUCCUCAUCCCUUCCAGCUGCUGGCGUGGCUGCUCUACGUCUACUUCGCUGUGACCAGCUUCGGCGUGUUCAUCCCCCUGCUGCCGGCUCACUGGAUCCCUGCAGGCUACAUCUGCACGGGCAUCCUGUUUGUGUGUCACUUGUGUGUGCACGUGAUAGCGGUGUCCAUCGACCCGGCCGACUACAACGUCAGAACCACGAGCCACAAAGGUCCGGUCCCGGUGUUCGACCGCUCCAAACACGCACACGUCAUCGAGAACUGCCACUGCUACCUCUGCCAGGUGGACGUGGGACCGAAGUCUAAACACUGCAGUGCCUGUAACAAGUGCGUCGCCAACUUCGACCAUCACUGUCGCUGGCUCAACAACUGUGUCGGGAGCAGGAACUACAAGUUGUUCCUCUACAGCGUUGUCUCCGCUCUGCUGGGCGUCUGUCUGGUUCUGGUCGUCGCCUCCUACGUCUUCAUCGAAUUCUUUCUGGACCCGACUCAGCUCCGCACGGACAAACACUUCCUGGUGAGGAACGAUACAGGUGUGUGGUUCGUCUUCCUGCCCGUGGCGCCGGUCCGAUCAGCAGCAGCCGUGAUCCCGUGUCUCGCCGCCGUCUCCGUGUCCCUCGGUCUGAUGUCCUCAGUUCUGCUGAGUCACCUCUUCUGCUUCCACGUCUACCUGAUGUGGAACAGACUCAGCACCUAUGAGUACAUUGUGCGGCAGCGUCAUCGUCACGACAACCGAGACUUGAGGAAACCAAGACUAGUGAAGGAGACGGAAACUCCUUCAGACGUCAGGGACCUGAACUACUCCGGGACACUGGGUUAUACCAACCCUCAGCUGGAGGUGGAGGAACCUACCACUGUGCCAGCGCGGGGGGAGCCAGAGUUCCUGGUUAACGGCAGAGUGAGGACUGUGUCCAGUCCUGUCAUGGAGGAAGAAGCUCCUCCCACCAUGUCUACACAACUAAAAGCAGCGGCACAUACACACUCACACCGACGCACACAGAAAAAGAAGAAGAAAGUCCGUAAAGUUCCAACGGAGGAACCGAGGGUGCAGUGCUCGAGCGUGGCUCCGCCCCCAGAUCCCAGUCUCUCCUCCGGGUCGCUCAGUCAGCGACUUCCUUUCCCCGUCUUUCCUCUGAGGGCCUCCCUGCCCCCCCUCGCCCUCAGCUCCGCCCCCGUGCAGGCCGCCGCCCCCCCGGCCGAGUACCACUCGGACUCUGCAGAGUCCCUGGAGGAGAUCCCGGUGGCGUUGGCCAAACUGGGCUCUUCGUCCUCUGCCGCUGCCGGAGACGCCUCCUCCUCUUCACACAGAACCUUCCCCGGGUUCCCCCUCCCCUCGCCGCAGCCCAGGACUAACAGGAAGUCCUCCUCCUCCCGCGCAAAUAAGAGCGCGGCCGAGCUGAGGUUUGAGAUGGCGUCCACGCAGCUGCCCACGGUGUUCGUCAGCCGGGCCAGCGGAGAGGCCGCUGAGCCCCGAGAGGACGGCUUCAACCUGAGCAGGAGGCAGAUGGGGCCGAGACCCGGGACCAGACCUGGAUCCAGACCCGGGUCCAGACCUGGAUCCAGACCCGGGUCCAGACCGGCGUCCCGGGCGUCACUGGGCUCGGGUGCAGCUUCCUGGAUGGAGCGAUAACCUGAGCCAACAAUCCUGUUUGUCUCUACAAUCAUGUGCACUGCAGCCACCCACAAGUCUUUAUGUGACUGACUUUUAUUUUGAAGGGUCUUUGUAUAUCUCACUAUUUAUUAUUUUGAUAUUUUUUUAUUCUGAAGCCAAAGGCCAGUUCCUGUCUGUGCACAAUCUUUAUACUGCUGCUUGUGUCUCGAGCUGUUG